GGAAAAAUGGUGUGUUUCACAAAUCAAAGGGAAAAACAACACUAUAACCUUUGAAACCUUGCUGCGAGUUGACCCGCGGGUGUGCGGCACCCAUUUUUUUUCAUCGAGCAGGGUCAAAAUGGGCCAACCCAUGGAUCAACCCACAAGUUGUCAACCUUGGUCAUGUUGAAUAAAAUAGGAUACAAAUAACCUUUUCAUUUUUUUAUAAUUUGAGUGUUGUAAUGUAUUAGUUCAAAAUUUCACAAGUAAUUUUAUAUGAUUUUGAGAUUCGAGAAGAGCUAUAAGCCUAUAACCUCGCCACAAUUUAAUUGGUUCUUGCAUUCAGUCCUAGCAAUUCCUUCUUAUUUUAUUUAAUCAACUCCUACGACAUAUCACGUAACACUAAACCAUCUCAGAUAGGCAGGUAAAGAUUCCACACCAAGCACAGCCAAAUGAAACAUUCCAUACCCAUAAUUAUCAACUAUGGUUUCCUCGUUCAGCUGUCCUUCUCAUUUCUCAUCAGUCAUCAUUGCCGGCCACCCAACAUUGUAACAAAGAGUGAUGAACGAGCGUGGUUUGGAAGUGGAAUAUUUUUGCCGCCCGCGCUGGGCUUCAAAUAUGAUUUUCACUUCCACAUAAAUUUUGAAAGCACCAAAGCUCGAAAAGAUUGUGUUACCUGUGGUAGCUAAUCUCUGCCUCGUCGCAGUAGGCUGGCUGGUUCUCAUAAUCUCAAAUGAGAAUUUCCAAGCUUCCUACCACUCCCUUCCUACUUGACAGCUUCAUAGUCAUGUUCCUGCUCCUAAACUCCACACUGCAAGCAAAUGGUUCAGGCAACAAUGAGACGGAUCGACUUGCACUGCUGGCAUUCAAAAGUAAGAUCAGCAGCGAUCCAGAUGGAGCCCUGAAAUCAUGGAAUGAUUCCGACCAUUUCUGCAACUGGUUUGGUGUUGCAUGUGAUCCGCUUAUUAGCCAGCGAGUAAUGUCCCUUGAUCUACAUGGCCAAAAUCUGGUGGGUACACUGUCUCCACACGUCGCAAACAUCACUUCUCUUAGAUACAUCAACCUCAUGGACAACAGUUUCCAUGGUGAGAUUCCACAACUACUUGGAAACUUGCUUCAACUCCAGCACCUCAAUCUCAGCGGCAACUCAUUUGAAGGCGAGAUUCCAACCAACCUGACUCGUUGCUCCCGGCUGAAGUACUUGUUGAUGGAAGGGAAUAACUUUAGGGGGAGCAUCCCGAUGGAGAUUGGUUCGUUAUCAAAGCUUGAGUUUAUCAGAGUUGGAACCAACAAUCUAACAGGAUGGCUCCCGCCUUCCUUGGGGAACCUUUCGUUGCUCCUUAACUUCGGUGCUGCAUAUAAUAACUUGACAGGAAGCAUUCCAGAAAGCAUAGGCAUGCUAUCAAGGUUGACUUCAAUUACUCUUGGAAGCAAUCAGCUCUCUGGUUCAGUCCCUCUAUCAUUCUUUAAUAUCUCAUCCAUCAAAAACAUUGCAAUUCCUUGGAACCACUUGCGUGGUCGAUUGCCAGUGGACAUGGACCUCACCAUGCCCAAUCUCGUAAAUUUCGCCAUUUCCAAAAAUGAAUUCUUCGCAACUAUCCCUGAUUCAAUCUGCAAUGUCUCUCGGUUACAGAAGGUGAACAUGAACCGAAAUGACUUUGUAGGGAAGGUUCCUACUUGUCUUGGGAAACUUAGAGGUCUUACUUCGCUAGACAUUGCUGAAAAUAGUAUUGGAAGCAAUUCAACAGGCGACUUCGCAUUUCUGGAGUCAUUGAGCAAUUGUAGUCAGCUGCGGCGGGUGGGUAUUAGCAUCAACAAUUUUGGUGGCUCGUUACCAGAAUUUCUUGGGAACCUGUCAACCACACUCACCGGUCUGUAUGUUGGGGCCAAUCAAGUCACUGGAGUUAUCCCUGCAGGGUUGGUGAAUCUCUUCAACUUGACGGAUCUGGAGCUUUCCGGUAACUAUAUGACAGGGACCAUCCCUCCUUAUAUUGGGCAGUUUUCUAAUCUGCACAGACUAUCAUUAAGUGGAAAUCAACUUUCAGGUCAGAUUCCAUCCUCUAUAGGCAAUCUCAGUCGGUUGUCUGAACUGUAUAUAUCACAGAACAAACUCCAAGGCAACAUUCCACCCAGUAUUGGGAACUGUCUUCGAUUGAGUACCUUGGAUAUUUCAGAAAACAGAAUUAUGGGAGAUAUACCUCCAGAGUUAAUGAGCCUAUCUUCAUUGUCCAUAUUGUUGAACAUGUCAAACAACUUGCUAACAGGCAACCUGCCUGUAGAAAUUGGAAAAUUGGAAAAUGUGAAUCAGUUGGAUAUCUCUAACAAUCAUUUGAGAGGGAACAUUCCCAGCACCAUUGCCAGUUGCUCAAGUCUAGAAUACCUUUAUAUGCAGGGGAAUUCGUUCGACUCGGUUAUUCCUCGAGCUUUAUCUUUUCUGAAAGCGCUUCAGGAAUUGGAUCUUUCACGAAACAACUUAGAGGGAGAAAUCCCAGAAGAUCUAUUGCAAAUCCGCCUACAGUCUUUGAAUCUUUCUUUCAACAAUCUGAGAGGUAAAGUGCCAUCAAAGGGGAUCAUUCCCAAUGCAAGCUCUGUAUCAUUGGCGGGCAAUCCCAUGCUUUGUGGUGGUGCUCCAGAGUUCCAUUUGCCUAAAUGCCCUAAUAAGACCACCAAGAAUAGAAGGCUGCAAAAGUUGAAGCUAAUAGUCACCAUUGCUAGUACAUCUCUAUCUGCACUUUUGGCGGUAACAGCAGGCCUUGUACUAAAUUGCAAGAUGAGAAGAUCAAACAAGCAUAUCCAUCAAGGAGAAGAUCCAUUGGUAGACGACUUUGUGAAGAUUUCAUACACAGACAUCCAUAAUGCAACCAAUGGAUACAGCCAUGAAACUUUGAUCGGGUCUGGUGGUAUUGGCACGGUAUACAAAGGUAAACUGGAGCAAAUGAAAGCGCCAAUAGCUAUUAAAGUAAUCAACCUGCAGCAAAAGGAAGCAUAUAAGAGACUAGUGGUGGAAUGCAAGAUAAUGCGAUAUGUCCGGCAUCGAAACCUCGUGAAGAUCCUAUCGUACUGUUCUAGCACAGACGAUCAAGGAAAUGCAUUUGGAGCUCUAGUUUAUGAGUUUCUGGACAAUGGGAGCCUCGAUAAGUGGCUGCAUUGCAGUAAUGAUAACAUCAAGACACCACACCAUCUCAGUCUUCUCCAAAGACUCAAUAUAGCAAUAGAUGUGGCAUCUGCAAUGCACUAUCUUCAUGAUCUUAGCGGAACGUCAAUCGUUCAUUGCAGUUUGAAGCCGAGCAACGUGCUCCUAGACCAUGACAUGGUAGCUCAUGUGAGUGAUUUUGGUCUAGCGAGAAUCCUCUCACCAUCUCAAACAAACACAACAAGCACAAUUGGGCUAAACGGGAUGGUAGGCUAUGCGGCACCAGAAUACGGGACGGCCUCAGCCGCAUCGAAGGCAGGGGAUGUGUACAGCUAUGGAAUCCUGCUGCUGGAAAUCCUAUCAGGGAAAAGACCAACAGACGAAAUGUUCAAGGAGUGUAUGAAUAUACGCGACUCUGUCAAGGCCGCUUGGCCAUCCAACCUUAUAAUGUUGAUAGAUCCAUCAAUGCUGAUACCUGGAAACACUGACGGAAUUGAUAAGAACAUGGAAGAGUGUUUGAUUUCCUUGCUUGAACUGGGAGUGAAGUGCUCAGCUGAAUCGCCGAGCGAAAGGAUGAAAAUGGCGGAAGUUACCCGGAAGCUACACACUAUCAGAAGUACCUUUCUUGCAAACUUUGAAUUCCCAGAGAAGGCGGGUGGACGGCUGGGCGUCGAAGCAUGUUAACCAGCAUGGAAUUGUUUAUAGAACUCGAAGGCGGACACCGAUGAUACUCUAAACCGUUUCUGAUUACUGUGUUGGAUAGGCAGAUAUAGCUUGUUGUUUUUUCUUUGCGUUUAUUAUGUUUCUGCGGGUAAAUAGUGGGAUUAUGUAAAGUUUGCGGAGGAAAUAGGGGUGUACAAUGAUUUGGUUAAGGAUGGAAUUAUUGAUAUCGUAUAUUAUAGUGUUUUCUUAUUUCUAUGAAUUUGAUAAAUGUAUAAGAAAAUUGCAUCAAACUUAAGAUGGCUCAUGUGGGGAAAAUUUAGCAUUUUCCCCUUUUUGUGUAAGGAAGUGGUUAAGUAGCAUACAUUAACCUCUCUCAAUAACUCGAGUUAUUGUAACUAGUUUGUUAUGACAUUAUAUUAGAGUUGGUUUGCCCUUAAAGUCAUGUGUUCAAGUCCUCAUGACCUCCAAUAUUAACUGUCAUAAUUGGGAGAGUUAUACCACUUAAAUUAGAAUAGAGCAUUAUUGUCCUAAAAUAGUGCAUUCGUCCAUUUUUUCGUCCGUUGACUAACAAACCUAUUAAAAAAUAUUUGUUUGUAAUUUUUAGAGUAAUGUCUAUUUUUUGUCUAAACCUUUUUCGGAUUUUAUUUUAUUAGCCAAAUUUAUCGAAAUACUAAGAAUUAUCCAAAUGUUAACUUAGCUAGCAAUUUUGUUAGUAAUAUUGACUUGGCAACAUGAUACUGACUUGGAAGGGACAGAUGAAGAUUAACCUUCCAAAUUUUUAGUAUUUUCACUAAGAAAAUGUUAUAAAAUUAUUAACGAUAACGUAAAAAUGGCUAAUAUUUUGAUACAUUACGAAAGAUUUGGUUAAUUAAUAACAUUUUAAUAG